CACCCACGGCCCAUCCCAUCUGUCCUGAUUUCAACACACACAGAUCUCGGGACAUCGAUUUUCGGUCCGUCCAGUGUCCUGACAUGGACAAAAUUGGCGAUUUGUGACAUCUGAGACGUUAUGGCAUAAUGGCAGCUUCGGUUCUCAAGUGCAGCCGGCUUCUUGUGCCGGCGCAGAACGCAAAAUUCAGACCCCUCGGUGUUGUGACCGUCCAGUGUGACAACCAGCGGAGACGAUUGUCUCCGCUCAAUGCAGACUCGAAGACUUUUGCGACCAAGCUGCCCUCAAAUUCUGGAUAUUUUCAGUCCUUGAGGUACAGCAGCCAAGCAAUCUCGGGAGGCGGCCUCAAGUCUUGCAAGUGCACAACUGGAAGCAGCUUUCUGUCAUUACCAAGAAAACUUGGAUUUCUGAACAAACCAUGCAGCGUCCGUGGCUGUUUCCAUCCUGGUGCUUCGCAACUUGCCUCGUUGGCAGGAGACCUCAACAUCAAACGAGAAGUGACAGCUCAAGAAAUGCUCAAGGGCCUCUUCAGCUACAUUUGGCCAAAGGAAGAUUCGUCUAUCAAGAAAAGGGUUGUUCUAUCCUUGGGCUUAUUAGUCAGUGCAAAAUCAAUUGCCGUGUGUGUUCCUUUCCUAUUCAAGUGUGGCCUAGACACACUCAACAACAAUCCUCCUGAUGUGGUUUUGUCACUUGCUGGUGGUGCUGAUUCAAUGGCAUCUGUUGCUGCCACACUUCUAGUUUGUUACGGACUUGCUGGUGCAACAGCAGCAGGUUUCAAUGAACUUCGCAAUGCUGUAUUUGCGAGAGUGGCGCAGCAUUCGAUCAGGAAAAUCGCCAAAAAUGUGUUCCUUCACUUGCAUAAUCUAGACUUGUCCUUCCACCUGGACAGACAAACUGGUGCUCUCUCAAAGACCAUCGAUAGAGGAAGCCGAGGCAUCAAUUUUGUUCUGACUGCAAUGAUUUUUAACAUCUUUCCAACCUUUUUCGAGUUGACGCUGGUCAGCUCAAUUUUGGGGUCAAAGUUUGGAUGGCCAUUUGCUAGCGUAGCUCUGGGCUAUGUUGGUGUUUAUGCAACCUAUACAUUGCUUGUCACUCAAUGGAGAACACAAUUCAGAGUUCACAUGAACCAGGCUGAAAAUGAGGCCGGAAACAAAGCAAUCGACUCACUUAUUAAUUACGAAACGGUUAAGUAUUUUAAUAACGAGAAACAUGAAGCUGAUAGAUAUGACGAUGCACUUAAGCGAUUUCAAGUUGCAUCUCUAAAAACGAGUACGAGCUUGGCAUUACUCAACUUUGGACAAAGUGCCAUAUUUCACAUGUCUUUGGCAACAAUGAUGCUCCUGUCUGCAAAACAAAUUUCUCAAGGAAAUAUGACUGUUGGCGAUUUGGUGCUUGUAAACGGUUUGUUGUUUCAACUAUCUGUUCCUUUGGGAUUUCUGGGUUCUGUCUACAGAGAAGUACGGCAGGCUCUUAUUGAUAUGAGAACAAUGUUCUCAUUGAUGGCGACAGACGCAGACAUCAAAAGUGCCCCUGGAGCCCCACAACUUUCAAUCGUCCCUAGCAACUCUGGCAUCAAAUUCAAUAAUGUUGCUUUCCAAUAUGUGCCUGGAAAGUCUGUCUUACAAGACAUAAGUUUUGAAAUCAAACCUGGAAAAAAGGUUGCAAUUGUUGGAGGAUCUGGGUCAGGUAAAUCAACAAUCAUAAGACUACUGUUCAGAUUUUUUGAGCCUAAUUCUGGCAGUAUUGAGAUUGGCGGACAAAAUAUAAGGAAUGUAGACUUGGAGUCACUGAGGAAAACUAUUGCAAUUGUUCCGCAAGACUCAGUUUUGUUCAACGAAACAAUAUUCUACAAUCUUCAGUAUGGAAAUUUAGCUCGAUCAAAGGACGAAGUGUUAGCUGCUUCAAAAAUGGCAGAUCUUCACGAAUCGGUGAUAAGGUGGCCUCAGGGAUACGAAACUAGGGUCGGAGAGCGUGGCCUGAAGCUGUCUGGUGGGGAAAAGCAGAGAGUUGCAAUUGCAAGGGCAAUUCUUAAAGAUUCUCCCAUAUUAAUCUUUGACGAAGCAACGUCGUCAUUGGACUCCAUAACUGAACAUAAUAUUCUUGAAGCCCUCAGGAGGGCCACAACUGGAAGAACUUCAAUUUGCAUUGCGCACAGACUUUCGACCAUCCUGGACGCAGAUGAAAUUUUUGUUCUGGAGGCUGGCCGGGUUGCGGAGCAUGGCACCCAUGUCGAACUGCUCCGUAAUCUUGACAGUACCUACAGCCGCCUUUGGCGUGCUCAAAGGGGAGGCAGCCUCACAAUGAAUGGGGCAUAAAUUUAAUCUGGGGUGUAAAAUUAAAAAUGUAGCUUGCUACAAAAAGUUACCUGUUAAAAAUGUGAUUUGUACAGAUUUAGAUGUGUUGAAAUAUAAAGUUUACACAUGUUUUAAA